UAAGGGAUGAUAACAACUUUCUGCUGUACUGAAAAAAAAAAUUCCUUUUCAAAUGACCGUAAAAUAUUUGUUUCAAACCAAUCCGUUCCAAAACGGCUUUCACCAUCCGAUCCGUUUUUCUCGCUCAGCUCUUAAUUAGCCUGCAGUCGGUCCACCACCUCGGCUCCUCCUCCUCCUCCUCCUUUUCUUUCACAUCCUUUUAGAACGCAGGCAAGUGGCUGGAGUCUGGAGAGGAGUGUCCCAACGCAUCCUUUGAGGAGUGGGUAGGGAGAGGCAGAAGAGAGAGAUGGGAAGGGAAUGGCAUUGGAGCCGGUCUUUGGCAAGAGAGGAGAAGGAGAGCCCCGGAUGCAUGAGUGGCAUGCUUCACUACUUCGACUUCCACCACCUUCUUUUCACUGCAGGCAGCCGAACCGUGCCGCCGGAGUUGUCAUCUCAAGUCCACCACCCCACUUCUCAGCCCAAAGGAAUCGAGGCGCCGAGGAAUAGCCUGGAGCUGGACGAGGGGAAAGCUUCAGCAACUUUGGCCAUUGCAGAGGAGUAUUAUGAUGUCCCUAUUGGAAGACAAGUAGUCCCAAAACCAGCUGCAUUGGCCAAGAGGAGCAAGAUGGUGACGUUACUGGAAGAGGAGAGGAGGAGCUCGCUAGCCGAGACGCCGAGGACUCCCGGUGUCGUCGCCCGUCUCAUGGGCUUGGAUGUGCUUCCCGAACAAGCCUCUUCUCCCACUACCCCGUGCCAAAAAUCUCCUCCAUUAGUAGAAUCUCAGGAGCAAUCUCAAAAUAAGAACAAGAAGAAGAGACUCAAAGGUGAAUGUAGAAGAGAAUCGGCAUCCCCUCGACAACCCCUUCAAAGUAUCAACUGCAAUGUUCCGGGGAGAGAUGAAAUGGGCUCCCGUUCGUUGCCAGACACCCCGAGAGUUUCAUCGGCCAGGUCAUGGGAUUCAGAUCCAAGGUUUUCUUUGCAGCUUAACAAGGAGAACACGAAUAGGGCCAUGCAGGAGUUCGGCCACUUGUGCGAGGUGUCUGGCGACAGCUCACUCCCACCUUCGCCGUUACCUUCUAUGAGGAAGAAAGAUCUUGGAAGGCACCAGAAUGAGAACAAGAGCCCGAGAAGCAACUAUUGUGCUCGCGAGAUUGUGAAACAAGUGAAGGAAAGCAUCAGCAGCAGGAGAGGAGGCUGCAGUGAUGAAAUUGCAGUCAGAUCGGAGCAGAAAGCUUCAUGCCAUGCCGAUCCAUUGAGCCAGAGCAAGCCGCCGAUGACGGAUCCUCCACCAUCAUGUUCACCACCUCGGGUAAGGUUCUUGGAGCCCACAAAGAGCAAAUCCGCAGCGAAGGAUAUGGUUCCAAGAUCCCAGCAACCGCAGAGAUUUACUCGCCCGCGAUCAUCACCACCUUCUUUGCCAUCAUCUAAUUCCUUCAUAGAUAAAGGUAAUGUGGAACCUAAGGCAGUUAAGACAAGUCCAAGAAAGUGUAAGAAAGCCAGCUACGAGCGCUUCACUGGGAGGAUCAAGAAACAGCAUCCAGAUACUGAAACGGCAGCACGACCGGAUUCCUUAUCAUCUCCUUCUCAGCCGCCUUCCGUGCUACAAAAGCACCUCUCAGAAAAGAAGUGCAGCUCUAUCCCUUCUUUUGCUGCAGUCAAAAGGAAGGAAGCAUCUCCUCCACCGGCAGGACCAGUACCAGAACAAAACCAUCAAUGUCCCUCCAGUUCAGUCCAAGAACAAAAACCGAUGACCAUGGGAGUUGUCGGUGCUUUAAUGCCGCUGAAGACUCCUCGACGCCGUUUACCAAAAGAGCGGGAUCCCGAGUACAGAUAUGUGAAGUCCAUUCUAGACCUAGCAGGGGUCACGGGAGCAGCCAUCCCUUCAUUCAGAUGGUACUCUUCUUCCCUCCCCAUAGACCCCAUAGUCUUCCACCAGCUCGAGCUCAGGCCCCCCUCCUUCCCGACAGAAGAAGGCCAGCCGCAGAGCAAAAGCGAGGAGGAAGCGACCCUCCUCGGCUCCCUGCGGCACAGAUGGAACAGGAAGCUCCUGUUCCAUCUGGUGGAGGAGAUCUUGGGGGAUCUCCUCGGGUGGUCAUACCGCACCAAGCCCACCACCCAUCGGUGUCAUCCAAUCAAGCAGCAAGCCAUGGACUGCCGCGGCAAGGCCGACGGGGAAUUGCUGCUGCGGCAGCUCUGGAGGCAGAUCCGGAGCUUCCCGGCGGCAGACUGCCAGGUGGUCGGCGACAUCGACGCACUCGUGGCGGGGGACAUGCCGGAGGCCAAGGUACGGCGCCUGCUGCUGCACCCCUCGGUGAUGGAGGAGGCGGAGGACAUCGCAUUGGAGUUAGAGCAGGAGAUCUUUGACGGCCUCCUCGGGGACGCCGCAGCAUCUAUCGCCCUCGACCUGACGUCACCUUGUUCCUAACGGAAACGGCGGGCGCCCAAAUCACUGAGUUCUAGGAUGAGUCUGGUCACCGUCAUCAACCUUGGCUCCCUUCUCUCCUUCCCAUCAUCACGAUGCAUGAAAAAAAAAAAAAAGAUUUAACACUGGCCACGUGUUGCUUGAAUGGCUAUUCAAACUGUCAUGAUGACUCGCUUUGUAUGUAUUUAUUUGCUAGUUAUUCUCCACUUAUUCUUGUUGUACAAAAAGUAGACAUCCGCUUUAUUCUCUCUUUCA